AUGGUGCUCGAUUUGGACCAAUUUCGAACCGAUAAAGGCGGUGAUCCUGAAGUAAUCAGAGAGACCCAAAGAAAAAGGUUUAAAGAUGUUUCACUUGUCGAUAAACUGGUACAUGCGGACACUGAAUGGAGAAAAUGUCGGUUCACAGCUGACAACCUUAAUAAGGCAAAGAAUUUAUGCAGCAAGACCGUUGGAGAGAAAAUGAAGAAGAAAGAGCCAGUUGGUGAUGAUGAUUCUCUCCCAGAUGAUGCCCAGAACUUGGAGGCCCUGACAUCAGACAUACUAUCGCCCCUCACGGUCACCCAGAUCAAGAAGGUCCGCCUGCUUGUGGAAGAGGCAGUGCAGAAAACCGACAGUGAGAGGAUAAAAUUGGAAGAGGAGCGAUUUCAGUACCUGCGAGAGAUUGGAAACCUUCUGCAUCCAUCUGUGCCCAUUAGUAAUGACGAGGAUGCUGAUAACAAGGUGGAGCGUACUUGGGGAGACUGCACCGUCCAGAAGAAGUACUCCCACGUCGACCUGGUGGUCAUGAUCGAUGGCUACGACGGAGAGAAAGGAGCCAUAGUGGCGGGCAGCCGUGGCUACUUCCUCAAGGGGCCACUGGUUUUCCUGGAGCAGGCCUUGAUCAACUAUGCGCUGCGGAUGCUCCACAGCAAGAAGUACGAAAUGCUCUACACGCCCUUCUUCAUGAGGAAGGAGGUUAUGCAGGAGGUGGCCCAGCUCAGCCAGUUUGAUGAUGAACUUUACAAGGUGAUCGGGAAGAGCAGUGAGAAGUCCGAGGACACGACUAUAGACGAGAAGUACCUGAUCGCCACCUCGGAGCAGCCCAUCGCUGCCUUCCUGAGAGACGAGUGGCUGAAGCCCGAGGACCUGCCCAUUCGCUACGCCGGCUUCUCCACCUGCUUCAGACAGGAAGUGGGUUCUCAUGGCCGUGACACCCGAGGCAUCUUCAGGGUGCACCAGUUUGAGAAGAUUGAGCAGUUUGUCUAUGCUUCUCCUCAUGACAACAAGUCUUGGGAGAUGAUGGAUGAGAUGAUUGGGACGGCGGAGGAGUUCUACCAGAAACUGGGGAUCCCCUAUCGCAUCGUCAACAUAGUGUCUGGUGCCCUGAAUCACGCAGCCAGCAAGAAGCUGGACCUGGAGGCUUGGUUCCCAGGGUCCGCUGCGUUCAGAGAGCUGGUCUCCUGCUCCAACUGCACAGACUACCAGGCUCGCCGGCUUCGCAUCCGCUAUGGACAGACCAAAAAGAUGAUGGACAAGGCUGACUAUGUACAUAUGCUCAACGCUACCAUGUGCGCCACCACGCGGGUAAUGUGUGCCAUCCUGGAGAACUACCAGACAGAAGAGGGCAUCAUCAUUCCAGAGGUACUCCGGGACUUCAUGCCCCCCGGCAUGACCGAGAUGCUGAAGUUUGUGAAGCCCGCCCCGAUUGACGUGGAGAUGUCCAAGAAGCAGAAGAAGCAGCAGGAUGGCGGAAAGAAGAAGAAGCAAGGAGGCGACCAGCUCCAGAACCAAGUGGAGAACAUGUCUGUCAACGACUCCUGAACACCGUCACCCCCAACCUUACACCCCCCCCCCCCCUGCGACGACACUUGAGAAAGGAGCUUCUCCAUCCUCUCCCCCAACUCAUCAGUAUCAUAGAGCUCUGGGUCUUGGGAAUAGUCUGCCGGUGUCCGUCACUCUACUCAACCUGAGAUGAAGUUCUGCACAAAAUGUCCAGUUGUUGUCACAGAGCAUCACUUUCUAGACUAUACAGUACCAAGGGAAUGAUUCAUUAGAAGGGAAAGGCCUUUGGGGCUGUAAACAACCUGGGGACAAUAAUAAAGCCAUGUCUGCUGGGGAGAAUAAUGUUGUUUGCUGCAUGCAAUUAUCGUCAAUGUCUAUGUCUCAAAUCUAGAAUUCUGUGAAAUUUAGUCUCUUGAAUAACUUGUGCUAUUCAAGUUCAGGUGAUGUGAACAUUGAAACGACAUCUCUACUGGUGUACAGGGAAGUGCGUGGGCUGCUUUUAGAAGAUAAAAACAACUAUUGCUAAUAAUUUGACUGAACACUUGUGUUCUACUUUGCACACAGUGUAUUCCAGUUGGGGCUCUGUGACCAUGAUGGUAUAUAAUUUGGACUCUGGCUGUUUUGGUGGUUCUGUGACCUACACCCCAUACCCAAAAAUCAGUAAUCGUUAUCCAGCAUUGUUCCACCAUUGUUGCUUCAUGGCAUUUGCUUUCGAUGCUUGUCUGGUUUAAUGUCAUAUCUGAGAGUAUGUACUUUCAUUAGAAAAGGCCUUCGGAAGGAACAAUAAAUAUUCAGUCAAUGUC